GUGCUGUCGGCGAUCAUCGGGGAAAUCCACCCAGACGGCUCUUUCGAAGUGCAGUGGGACGCCGAUGAAGCAGAUGGACGGUACGUCUGCUGGGCUGCGGACUUGAAGGGUGUCCGGCGAGACUAUGGAAUUGGGGACAGGGUGGAAGCUCUGUAUCCCGGGACCUGGGAGUGGCAGAGCGGCAUCGUAAGGCGUAAGCUCGAGUACGGCGCCUUUGAGAUCCGAUGGGACCAGCCUGGCGACGGGCCGGCAUCAUCCAUGAGCGUUCCAGAAGAGAUGUCACUUCUUCAUGAAAUAGACGAGGAGGAUUGGUUCAGCGAGGACCUUGAGGAGGACAACGCAGGAGAGGAGUCAGAUGCUUUCCCGCCAGCCGAAAUCGCGGACGAGGCCAUUUUCCAAGCAGCCGCCAGCGCAAAGUCGAGUGAGACGGGCUGUCAGAGGCUUCCUGAAGUCCAGUGCUUGUGUAUCCACCCCGAGACUCACACAGAGAUGGUCUUCUUCUGGCGAGGGCGUCCGAGCCAGACAUCUCCUUGGACAGUCGCAAGCGCGCCGCAGCUCACUUUGAACCCACGGCAGAGAGGCCAUCGCCGAAAUUGGCGGCAAAGACAAGUCUCCAAGCUUAUGGGAUCUACCGUGAUUCGUCUUAUCCCGAGCCGGCACUUGAUUCAAAGACCCGGCGUCGGAGCGAGAAAAGGGCCGCUGAAAGUCACCUUAGGGACGAAAUGA